AUGCCGAAGCGAUCUCUAGACGCCAGCAACCUGUCCCCCACGAUGCCGACGGUCCGGGCGCAGAAGAAGACUGAGAGAUCCCACGAAGAGAAUCAGGAACGCGCCUAUAUUGCCGCCUCACGGCGUGCGGACCGAAGCAUCGAGGCUCGCGUGCAGUCGGCUAAGAUGGCCAGCGAGAUUCACAAGAAGCGCACCGGCAAGGGUUUCAAGAUUUCCGAGGCCAUCGUUCAAGCAGAGGAGAUGUAUGAGGAGGAAGAGGACGACAUGCCCAGAUCCUACCGCAUGCUUGCAGCUCACUUGCAGACUGGUUCCCCCGAAUUCGACUACCGGGUUAAUGCUUUCCUUGCCAACCGCGUAGCCAUGGCAAGCAUGGUGGCUGGACUCCGCAACGAGGAAUGGGCCCAGAACCCCAUCAACAAGAUGUUUGCUGAGCAGUUCCCCAACGCCAACAAGCAAGCCCAGGCUUUGUCACGUAACAUAACCAACUCGAUGUACUACCAGCCUGUUGCUAGACAGUCUACAGGCCAGCAGCAGCAGCAGCAAACCUCACCUGUCAACGCUGCUUCGAGCCCAAUGUCACCAUCCUUCGGCACGGCAAACUUCCAGUCAGAGAAUCAGCAGUAUCAAAGGGAGAGUACGCAAUCUCUGGCGUCGCCCAUGGAAAUGGCCACGCCUAUCGCACGAGAGAGCGCUCUGUCCCCCCCUGCUUUGUCCCCUUCGUCCGAGGCGGCCGCCGGCACACCAUCGACACGCGCCGCUUCGAACUUCCCUUCGCCAAUGAUGACCAUGAAUCACAGCCUCUUCUCGCCCGAGUCGUCCUUCACAGCGGAGCUCCCAAUGGAUGUCAAAAUGAUGGCACCUAACUUGGACAUCAAUGAUCCAAUGUCUCAUAUGUUUAUUGGCAACCCUCUACAGCAACAGGUGUACUAUCCCGAUACGCACUCGUUGGCUGAUCUGAAACACGACCAGCAUCUAAACGACAUGGCGCUAGCCAACCACGAGUACUUUGACGGAGAUUUGAACCCGUACGCGUCCCGCUACGAGGACAAUGAUCUGCAAGGCGAGGGCACAACGCCUGCCCCCAACGUCAACGAUAGCUGGGAUGCUUUCCUUGACUUUGGAGAGCAAUCUGACACUGGUGCCGUCGAACCGACAUUGUAG